AUGGACUUUGACAGCUUCAAGAAAAAGUUAACACCGACUUACCACUCGAGCACCUACCCAACCAUCAACCCUACCCGGCCGGAGCUAUCGCAGGCGGGGAAAACGGUCCUGAUCACGGGUGCUUCCGCCGGCAUCGGGUACCACAUCGCCAAGGCCUUCGUGCAGGCGAAAGCCGACAAAGUCAUCAUCCUCGGCCGGCGGGUGGACAAGAUCAAGGCCGCCGCCGAAACCCUGAGCGUGGAGAGCCAGGGCACCAAAGUCGUCGGCCUCUCGUGCGAUGUGGGCAGCGCGACGGCCGUCGCCGAGCUCUGGGGCCGCCUGGCGGGCGAAGGGACGCGCGUCGACGUCCUCGUGCUGAACGCGGCGAACGUGGGCAUCCCGGAGACGCUUAUGGAGCAGGGCACGAAGGGUGUGUGGGAAGCGUACGACUUCAAUGUGCGCGCGCAGUUCGACAUGACGGAGAGGUUUUAUAAGCAGGAACUGGGCGCUGGCAGCAGAAAGUACCUCAUCCACGUGUCUACCCUUGCAACGCACGAUUUUGACGCUACGACGCAAUUACCGACCUACGGUCUGUCAAAGCACGCGGGCGCGCUCACGUUGCAGUUCAUGGCGAUGUACGAAAUUGCCGCCGAGGACAUGCAGGUCGUCAUCUACCACCCCGGCGCUAUUUUCACCGAGGCUUGCGUGAACGCGGGAUUUACAGAGGACAGCCAGCCUUGGGAGGACGCUUCGAUCCCGGCUGGCUUCGCCGUGUGGGGAGCCACUCCCGAGGCUGAGCCCAUUCACGGCCGGUUCGUCUGCGCAGCAUGGGAUGUUGACGAGCUGCGGAGUGGAGAGCUGGGCAAGCGUCUCAGGGAGGACCGGUACUUUCUGAGGUUUGGCGUAAAUGGUCUAUAUGGCCUCUAA